ACAUUAGCGAGUGUGAAUUGUAAUCUUUAGAUCUUAAGAAUGCAGUGUUUUUAUCUUCUCCUUCUUCUCCACAUCACCACAGGCUGCAGACUGGAAGGUAAUAGAAAGACGAUAAAACAGAUCACUUCAUACACAGGAGACUCAGUGCUGCUGCCCUGCUCCUGCACUGACCUCCACACCAAACCUCAGAACUUCACAUGGAGGAGAUAUUCAAAUGGAAGAUACACUUAUGAUUGGGUACAGAUAUCUUCUGAGAGUGAACAGUACAAAGACAGAUUUCAGCUGGUUAAUGAUCACAGUUCAGGAAAUCUCUCUCUGCUCAUAUCACACCUGACUGUAGAGGAUGGAGGAGUUUACAGGUGUGACACAGAGAGUGAACACAGAGUCAUCAGACUCACUGUUGAAGGUUGCACACUGAAUCAUGAGACAGUGGAUGUGACUGGAUAUGUGGGACAUUCUGUUCUUCUGCCCUGCUCCUGCUCUCAACUACAAGCCAAACCACAAACUCUCACAUGGACCAUUUAUAAAGAAUCUAAUUACAAAGAAAUCUUUCCAAAGGACCAGACAAAUCACUACACACACAGAGUUCAGCUCUUUAAUGAUCAUCCUCCAGGAAAUCUCUCUCUACUCAUAUCACACCUGACUGUAGAGGAUGGAGGAUUUUACAGGUGUGACAUCAUCAACAGCGUUAAGGACAUCAAACUCACAGUAAGAGAUGCCCCAAUAAGACCCCCAGUUCAAACAACUUCCAAACCGGUUACAAAACCAGGCCUGGUGACCAGUAACUACACAAAUCCACCAUCUGAAGCAUCUAAAAAUGAGUCGCUUCCCUUCGUCCCCUUCGCCUUGGUGACUGUGAUCUUUCUGCACAUCAUUGUGGGUGUGGUUUACUACACCACCAGAAACAAAGGUUCUAAUACAGUUCAUUACAGCAGAGGUGAUGGAGAUGGAACACUGAGUCUACAGUAGAGAUGAACAUCAGCAGAAGAACACGCAUGUAACAGUGAGCAGUGACAGACUUACACACCUGAUUAACAGACCAGAGAGCAGUUUGGUCCUCAAGAUGACUGUAAUUUAGAAAACCGAUUGUAAUUGAAUUUGUUUGAUCGCACACUUGGGACCAGUCCCAGGCUCUAUAUUGUCUAAAAGUGUAUUAAAGCCGGUCUGAAUGUAGUGUAGCUUUGUUUUAUAUUUACAAAUUGUUGUUUACAAUACUUAACAUUUAAUUAAUGCUUUUUUAUGCCCAACUGUACAACAUUUAUUGUUGAAUCUGUUGUAUAUGCUUCUGUUGUUAUCUUUAUUUUAUAUAUUAUAUAAAAUGCUUUGCAUCAAAUAACAAAUUACACACAAGCUUUUAGAAUUUUAAACGUGUUUAAUUUAUUUAGAAUAAAAAAACAAAUCAUAUUUAUUGUUAUUUAAUUCUGUGCAUUUCCUCUAUAGCGUUCAUUAAUCGAUACAUACAUUGGAGACAAAGACAGAUGGAGACAGCAGUGAUACAGAUAUUGACAAAUACAUGGGGUCAGAAAGACAGUAGUUGAUAGAGAGACAGAAAUAUGGACAAAAUAGACAAAGAGAGUGAAAGGUAGACAGAAAACUGCAGACUGAGUAAUACAGCUGAAGAAAGAUGGAGAAACACUACAAGUGUGAAAGACCAACAAAGACAUGACUUUGAGACAGAGACACAUACAGAGACAGAUAUAGAGAUAAGACUGAACAAUGUAGAUCUGUUUUGUGUGUGUCUGGCCUAAAAUACUAAUAAUCUCAUAGACCUGUUUGAUCUCUUAGUUCAAGACUAACCGAAUCGUUGCAGAUGAAGAGAAUAUGCAGAAAAAAGCAUACAAACAAUCUAACAAGCAGAUGAUUAGAGUGUAAAAGGUUUAAAAACUUACCCGAAUAUUAAAACCGUUUUAUAUGUUCAUUAUUUGUCUGAGGUUAUUUUGUGCAGAAGGCACACAUGUUCCAUCAUGUGAGAAUGACCACUGCUGAAAGAGAAUGAAAAUGUGCAUUUAAAUUGUAAUAGUUUUACAUUUGCUUACAUUUGCUUAAUUACAGGUGGGAAUUGUAAGAAACGUAUUUCCACCAGCAGAGGGCGGAAGUUGUCAGUAAGUUGAAUUUGUUUGCCUUUUGAUUUGGCGAAACAAAUAAAUAAAUGG